ACCAAUCGGCUGAUAUCGGUCCGUCAUCGGACCUAUAUGCUUCACCGCCUUGGCCUCUUGUCUAUUUCAAAGAUUCAGACAACCAUAUUGUCCCAAUAUAUUUGCUGUUUUGAGCGCUAAAAGAUGACGACUUUAAAUUUCGACGAUGAAGAAGAAAUUAUCGAGGCUCCGAGUGAGACAACUAUAUUACAAACUCCAAGACCUCCAAGUAUCACAAUAGCAAUGCCAUCAUCUUCGUCAGAGAGUGGUAUUGCGAUGUGCCCGGUCACUGGUGCAACCACUGGGGCACUAACAAGAAGCCAAGGAACAGUUGCAACUGCUGUACAAGAACUCCAGCUGCAGACAACAUCUGUUACUAACAACAUGGUUCAGGACCUUAUUACCCAGGCUUCAGAAAACACUAUCCUGUUACACAAAAUCUUAGCUGAGCUGAAAGAUCUUCGCUCCCACAUGGAAAAAAGAUGGCCAUUCAGUGUCAAGACUUGUGGAUUUGAGCGUGAAAUGACGACAAAAGCAAAGGAGCUUUUCAUUUGCCAAGGACCAUGGCUUGUUCAAGGGUCACUGGAAAAAAUGCGAGAGAAGAUUGCUAACCUACUGGGAGGUGAAGACCAUGCAGACCAAUAUCAAGUAAACACCUGCCUUUCAUACACCAAGGAAAAGUUUACACUCUGGCGAGCUGAGAUACGAAAGAAGGUUUUGAACAAAAAGUACAAUAAGCUUCGUGUCACAGAGUUCACUGAAAAGCUGUACAAUUCAUUCAAGUCACGCGAGGAGGACAUGCGGAAUGCGACAAAGACUGCCUUGCUGUUGCGCAAGUUUGCGACCCAGGAAGGAUACUUGGAUAACCCCGGAAAGCCCGAUUUCUGGGAAAGGUUCGUGGAAUUUGUCAACGUGUGGAACAACUCAGGUAUUCCAAACAAAUGGUUAGCUUUGAGAGCUGAGGAUGAAGAGAAAUACUCGGAAAGUUUGCUUCCGGUGACAAGUUAGAAACAUACAAUGGGUAGUUUCAAAAGAGUGGGCACAUCGGGCCUUAUUCCCUCGACUGCUUGAAAUGGACCUUUCCUGAAUCAAGAAUGGCCAUAGAUCUGCUAGUCUGCUUAGCAGCCGGCUGCCAAGCAGACUAUAGAUCUGCCGAUCCAUUAACCUUCGAGAUCUGUAAUUAAUACCUGACAUGUGAAAAACAAAUUAAUUUUUAUGUUACGCCAUGUUAUUAAAAGUUCGUUGUAAUUAGACGAAGUUUAGAUAAGACAUGAAAUCAUGUAGGCGUCUACUGUAAAUUUCAUUAAAUACGCCUACGUAUUGUCUAAAUAUUUUAUGAAGGAUUAAAGAUUAGUGGCUCUGUGAACUUCUAUUUAUUGAAGAUAGGUUUCUAUGUUAUUAGAUGAUACAGCAAAGUGGGAGCAAUUUGCGAUCCUAGAAAAUAAAGAGAAUGUAUUUUUG